ACUUUGACCCGUUAAUAGAAACGCGGGAAGAAAAGUCUCACUUUCCUCCCAUUUUCCUACUAAACAAACACCAAAUUCUCAAACUUAAAAGGGUCUCCAACUUACUCUUUUUUCUCCUCAACUUGUUCUUCAAACCCAAAGUACCAGACUCUCUCUUAUCCUCAACAAUUUUCAACUAUUACCCCUUUUUUCCCUCUUGGUUUUCUUCAACGGAGACUGCUUAAAGGUCUUUUUGUGGGAUGUUCAGUGGUUCAAAGAGUGAACUUAUUCCCUCAAAUUUGAACAUGGAGGAGCUGAAAGCCGGUGCUCCUCGUGAAUGCUCGAUUUUGCUAGAAUUGGCUGCCUCUGAUGAUAUGGUAGCCUUUAGAAGUGAAGUAGAAGAGAAGGGUUUGGAUUUUGGUGAGGCGAGCUACUGGUAUGGUAGAAGAUUAGGGUUGAGAAAGAUGGGGUUUGAAGAGAGGACGCCUUUGAUGAUUGCGGCCAUGUUUGGUAGCGUCAAGGUUUUGAAAUAUAUCAUUGGAAGUGGUAAGAUCGAUGUGAAUAGAGCUUCGGGUAGUGAUGGGGUUACUGCCCUACACUGUGCCGUUGCUGGUGGUGCGGAUUCUUCGGUAGAGAUCAUCAAGCUGCUUCUUGAUGUGUCUGCCGAAGUGAAUUGUGCUGAUGCUAAUGGGAACAAACCUGUUGAUCUGAUUGCUUCGGGUUUAAAAGCUUCGAGUAAUUCCAGAAGAAAGGUGAUAGGGUUGUUGAUGAAUGGUGGUGAUGUUUUUGACAGGGACGAAAAUUCUGCUAAGAUGAUGAUGCCUCAGUUGCUGAAAGAAGGGUCCGAGAAGAAAGAAUAUCCUGUGGAUGCAUCACUGCCCGAUAUCAACUACGGGAUAUAUGGAACCGAUGACUUCAGGAUGUAUACAUUUAAGGUUAAACCUUGCUCAAGGGCUUACUCCCAUGAUUGGACCGAGUGCCCUUUUGUUCAUCCCGGUGAGAAUGCGAGGAGGAGGGACCCGAGGAAGUACCCUUAUAGCUGUGUACCUUGCCCUGAAUUCCGAAAAGGGGCAUGCCCCAAGGGAGAUAAUUGUGAAUAUGCUCAUGGUGUGUUUGAAUCCUGGCUUCAUCCUGCUCAGUACCGGACUCGACUUUGCAAAGAUGAGAUUGGCUGUGCACGUAAAGUCUGCUUCUUUGCUCACAAACCAGAAGAAUUACGCCCUGUGCAUGCUUCAACUGGUUCAGCGAUGCCAUCUCCGAGGUCUGCUGCAGUGAAUGCAGUAGACACAACGACUUUGAGCCCUCUAGCACUCUGUUCAUCAUCCUUGCCGAUGCCUAUGGCUUCAACACCACCCAUGUCUCCUAUGGCAGCCUCUUCGUCUCCAAAACCUGGAAGCUUGUGGCAGAACAAAAUUAGCCUCACCGUGCCUGUGCUACAGAUACCUGGUAGCCGUUUAAAGACUGCUUCUAGUGCCCGAGAUUUUGAUUUAAAAAUGGAGUUACUCAAGCUUGAAAACCAAUUGCAGCAACAACAAUUAAUGGAUGAGAUAUCGAGUCUCUCUUCCCCAUCUUGUUGGAGUAAAGAAUACAGUUGGCGUGGGGAUUUGAACCCUACUAAUCUUGAUGAUGCAUUUGGAUUCCUCGACCCUUCCCUGCUGUCUCCAUUGAAGGGACUCUCCGAAACAUCCGGUAUACAAGCACAGUUGCAAUCCCCAACUGGGCUUAAAAUGCGCCAAAACAUGAACCAACUCCGUUCGAGCUACCCAUCAAACCUUACCUCAUCUCCGGUAAGGAAGCCCUCGUCAUUCGGUUUUGACUCAUCGGCUGCAGUGGCAGCAGCUGUAAUGAAUACCCGGUGUUCAGCAUUCACAAAAAGGAGCCAGAGUUUCAUAGACCGUGGAGCCAGCCAUGCAGGACUUACCAUGCCCGCUAAUUCCGCCACCACAAUGUGUUCAAACAAGUCUUAUUGGAGCUCCCCCUAUGGGAAAUUGGAUUGGGGUGUUCAAGGAGACGAGCUAAACAAGCUUAGGAAGUCUGCUUCCUUUGAUAUUAGAAACAACAAUCCCGUCGCAAGAGCAACGACAGACAUGAUGCCAUCCGAUAUCGACGAGCCAGAUGUGUCCUGGGUUCAUUCUAUUGUGAAAGAUGUUACCCCAAUGGGAACCCUGUUGCAACCGCAGCGACAAUACAGUAGCAGUAAAGGCAUUCGAGAAAGGCUGCCGCCAUGGGCGGAGCAAAUGUACAUAGAACAACAAGAGCAGAUGGUGGCAUGAAAAAAUAUUUCAUUUGCUCAUCGCUUUAUUCUUAACAUAUAUUUCAUAUAUUCUUGAAUCAUUAGGUGAAAAGUUGGAUCAAAACAAAAUUAGAAAUUGGUUUUGAUUAUUUCAUAUUCUUAA